AUGCUGACUCCAAUUAAUCCUCGUAAUGUGCGAGCCAAGAUGCAGUGUUAUCUGGAGGACCUGGGUCAAGUCGCCGAAGUGGUUGAUGUAUGGUUGCACAGUAUGGCCAUGUCAUAUCCCUUGCAUUCAGCGUUAGAAGCGGUUUGGAACGUAGUUGCCAUCGAGGUUCCAGGUAUGUUAAGUGCUCCAAUUUCUUCUACCCAUCAUAUAUAUACUGAUCUGUUGGUCUUUGUACAAAAAGCAAUUCACAAAGAACUCUUACCAUCCAAGCACAUCCAUGACUCAAUCCUGGACCCAUCUUCGUAUCUUGACAAGACGGAAGUUUCAUACUCAGCCCGGAGUGAAGCAAUAGACCCAAAAUUGCAACACUCAACCAAUCAGAAUGGGAAGCGUGAAUGGACACCUCCAGAGGAUGGGCGAGUAAUCGCCAACAUUCCCCGCCGCUCUGCGCGUCUGUCUGCAACCACUCAAAAAUCACCUUACCCCACUCCAGUAGUAUGGGAUGAUAUCGCCCAAUCACCAAUGCGCAACUCCAGGACCAAGAAGACAAAAAUCGAUUCAUCACCCGAAAUCUGUCCGUCUAGUCCGAAAUACCAAGCUGAAAACUUGAUAAUAUCGUCAACGCCAGGAGUAGAUUCCCCUGAAUCACACUCACAAGAGAUUGCACUUGAAUGGGUUGCAACAAUUCAGGAAAUACGUGAAUUGGACCCCCUCCCUUCAUCUAUCCCCAUUGGUGUAGCUUCCGACUACGUCGCCUCCGAGAUAACACAACCUUGUCAGUUCCCGUGCCCCUCGGAAUACAACAAAGGCGAACUGUGGCAGAACAUCGAGUCCAAAUUUCUCAAUGUAAUUGGCGCAGAUAUAAUAGCACGCGGUGACCUCCGGCGUGGAAAAUUCGGAGUUCUUGGCAUUGUCGAUUGGAUUCUGGACGCACGCGAGCAUGAUGGCUGGGAUGACAUAUGCGAGGAAGCAGCUUUAGGAAAGUUAAAAACUUUGCGCGAACAUCUCAAAAGGGCGGUACUUCAUUCCAACAACACUCCUGUGCCCUCGCCCAAUCUGGUCUCCCCUCCAAGUUCCACAACCACUUUAGUUCAGCCUGAAUCACCUGCGACUCCUUCAAAAUUGCAAAACAAGUUCCGCUCCACAAAUUCGUCUAGGUGGCUUGAUACUGUUAUGGCCACAGAUCAGUCCUCAUCAUCGGGUAACUCUCAACAAUCAUUACACCUCAAACAGAUAAUCUGCAAAAGUCGACAUACCACAUCCAGAAUGUAUGGUGCAGUCCGUGUGUCCAGAAGUGUUACUCCCCCUUCAGAUACUGAGGCAAAAUCUCCAGCCCCACCAAAGUCUUUAUCACAACAAACAAUUUCCGAACAUCAACAUACUAGAUCCAGAUUGUACGGUACAAUCCGUGUAUCCCGAAGUGCAACCCCCGCUUCAGAUGACGAAGGACCAAUGUGCUUCAAAACACCUUCAAACUCAUCAAAUGCACUCGAGUCCCAGCUGAUUGGCGCACUUAUCCCUUAUCCCUUGGUAUACUCGGCGCGCAGCAACAAUGAAACUGAUUUGGACUUGCAAAAGACGCCAGAUUCCCUUCAAGCCAGCAUCAAAACCACAUACAACACACACUUCAAAACUCGUUACCCACAACUUUUGAUUGAAGGACCAACUCACAUGCAUUCAACAAAAGAAUCAGGUGACAUUAUGGUUUUUUGUUUCAUUGAAAGAAUCUAA